AACAGAAAGACGGCAGCAGACUAGGAGAUGGAGGAAACCCGCUGGGUCCGAAAGACUCCAGGAGACCUGGAGUUGGAAGACACGCUCCAGGUGUGCCCAAACUGCAAAAAAAAUGUGGCCACUUCCCACUUCACCCUCCAUGAGGCUCACUGCCUGCGGUUCCUCGUCCUCUGCCCGGAGUGUGAGGAGGCCAUCCCAAGGGCAAAGAUGGAAGAGCAUCGCCAGGCCUGCCACCAGCAGGAGGUGGCAGGAGGGAUAAGGUCUGGGAGUCAGGACUUCACAGACUCAGACACGGGACAAAGUGAGCCAAGGUGGAUGCGGAUCCCAUAUCUCCCCCGUAUAUUUUGGCGUAUGAUGCAUCAGCAGAGCCUGCAGAAGCCCUUGAUGGAAUUUCACCAGGCCAACGAAUGCCAGGAGCACCCCUCUAAGUGUAAGUUCUGCAAGCUGGCCAUGCAGCUCAGCGAGCUGGAGGUCCACGAGUUCAACUGUGGCAACCGGACAGAGCUCUGCCCCAACUGUGGCCAGUUCAUCGCACUCCGAGUGCUGGCCCAGCACAAAGAUGUCUGUCGGUAUAAACAGGCCCAGCUCAAGAAAGGGGAAAGAAUUUCAGCUCUUCAAAGGGAAAUCUACUGUCAUUAUUGUGACCAAACGAUUCCAGAAAAUAAUCAUUCCCACCAUAUGGAAAAUUCAAUCUGUCCAAACUCAGAGUUUGAGAAACAUUUUCCAGAUGGAGAGCCCACAAUUCCUCCUCCAUCUCUCCCAAGUCAGGCUGCUGAAAAUCAAACCUCCACAGCAGAGGAAGUUGUCCGUCCAAAGACAAAAAACAUAAACAGAUGUCUUCUUUCUGGAAGUUCAUCAAAGCCUGCAUCAAGUGGCAAAAACAAAACUGGGGAUCUGCCUCCGAAGUCUGAGUUCAAGACCAGGACCCCCUCCUCUGUAGAAGAAAAUGAGACGGCCUAUGACAUUCUGAGGAGUUGCUCGCAGUGUGGUAUUCUACUUCCCCUGCCCACCCUAAAUCAACAUCAGGAGAAAUGCUGGCGGUUAGCUUCAUCAAAGUGAGGAAUUCCAGCUUGAUUUGGAAAAAAAAGAGAUAUUGGUUUACCCAACGGCUACAGAGAAAAAAAUACUCCAGUUCUUCAGCCUGAGAUUUCUCAGUAAGCCUCUGGCCCAGACCCCUAACAGUUCCCAGCUUUGUCCCUGAAAAGUAAAAAGCACCUUCCCUGAAA